GCACGUGCAGAUUGUUUUACCACGCGCGCUCUCUCUCGUUGUGUGCCGUACGCCGCCGGGAAGUCAAGGAGGUCGCCACUUGUCACAUCAACAGAAGCCAUGUGCAUCACGCGAAAGCUGCAGCUGACUCUGGCGAUCCUGAAGCCCGAUGUUUGCAAGAUCCCCAUGAAACUCGAGGCUGUUCGGCAGGUGAUCCUGGAGAAUGAUUUCAUCUUCGUCAAGAGCAAGAUGGGAUCUUACACUAGAGAACAGAUGGAGAAAUUCUACGCCGAGCAUCAAGGGAAAUUCUUUUUCGAGAGGCUGGCAAGCUUUAUGUCCAGUGGGCCACUGUCAGUCCAUGUAUUGGCAAAAGAGAAUGGCAUCAAAGAGUGGCGUACGCUCCUCGGGCCAACCCAAGUGUUCAGGGCUAUUCACGAUGCCCCCAAUUCCAUUCGUGCAAGGUUUGGCCUGACAGACACACGGAACGCUGGCCAUGGAUCAGAUUCUGAGGAUUCAGCCAGGCGCGAGAUCGGCUUCUUCUUCCCAGAGUUUGACCAGGACAUGUGGUACCUGAACGAGGAGCAACGCUGGCGCCGCGCAAAACUCUUCUUCGACCUAGAACGAUGCGAGCACGUAGUGGUCGACGAACAGGAACAGCAACAGAGCACCUAAGCUUCGUUUCUGUGUCGUGCCGAGCGCCUCAUUACCAGCUCAGUGACAUGCAUCCUUGUGAAAACUUAGUAUUGUAAAUUUCUUAGUAUUGCUUUUUAAAAGCGUUUUGACACCAUCAAUGUUCCAAGUCUGCGAACUUGGUCACUAAACUACGUAUUAUGAUAUGUACACUGCUGACAUGCACUGGCUCCUACUUACCAGCAGCAGUAUAUACAGUAAAAUCUUGCGUAUAGUAUGCACACAGCAUAUUAUAGUUUUGCACUAGAUCACAUCAAAGUUACUUCUAUUACAUUGAUGUACUAAUGUGUUUAGAGGUUUAAGCUUUUGUUGUUCCCACAGAACAGUGCUGUCUUUCAGUCGCACGACGUAUCGAUAAAUUUUUAUCACUUCCUUUUUUAUUUCUGUUCCUAUUUCGCUUCUCCAUAGCAGCCCUGUGUACUACACUUGGAUUUGUGUGUACUACACUUGGAUUUGUAUUAUAUAUACAAGAUUUUCACAUUGCUUCUGUAGGACUACUGUAUCAAGUGUCCGCACUGUUUUUUAUAUAUGCACUUUUUGUUAACCUCUGGCUGAGCACUACCACAGUGUAAACAACAUUCUUGCUCAAUAAGUUUGCCGACUUGCCCACCAAGCCACCAAUUGCAACACCUGCGAUGUUCACUAGAAUCGCAUCCUACCGAGUAGUGUAUUGGUACUAUUCUAACGUAAUGUUUCUAGAUCUCUUGCCAGACACCAUUGUGCCCCUGGUGUUCAAUGCAUCACCACUUUUGUGAUAUGUGUAAGAAUAUUCUGGGUUGUUUGUAGAGAAAAUUCGCAAAAUAUGGUAGGCAACACUGGUGCUCAGGGCAGAGAUGACAUCACAAUUCUAUUCCAAUGGCAUCCCUUGUUGCGCUUCGUCAGGGGUUCAGAGCUCCACUCCACACGCUUUGUCAAUGCAAUCGGCCGGCUGUGAACGAUAGAUAAGAGUGGCAUAGAAUUGAGCGGAUGGAUUUGAUACGUCAUACAGGCCCUGAUAGCCGAAGCUGUGCGAAAAUGUCAGAUGGAAACAUGGGCAAGCUUAGGCAGAUGUACGACAAAAGCUUGUUGCAUGACUUCGGGCUGGAUGAGAUUAUUUAUUACUUCUGCACAGACAAUGCAUCAAAAGCGACACUGCUUACUGUCUUCGGAUCAAGUUCUGAGGUGUCGAAAUCAGUAGAAGAGGAGAGUGGCACAGGGUAGCGGUUUCCUUACUCCAGACCUUGGAAUGACUGUAACAGCAGAUGGUUUACCAAGCAGCUCAGUGACUGGUAAAUGACUGCUUGGUGACCUGCUCACACUCCCUCCACAAGCAUUCUAACUGCCAUUAUCACCGUGUAUAACUUGCAACAACGUAUAGUGAAUUCUAAAGGAGUGCUAACAUGACACUUUCAAAAAAAAAAAUUUUUUUUUUUUUGCAUUAAGUGAAAGUCCUAGCCAUGUACAAUUGUAAAUUGUACAAAAAUAUGCUGGCUACAAAAUUUUGUCUAACCAAUUUACUGCAUUAUAGAUACUGCUUUUUAUGUACUUGUUUUGGUUUUUGGUUUUAGAUACCAAGGAGGCAGAUGCUGCUCGUGAUUUCUUGGCACGAGUUGCCGACUCUUUAGUGCCUUAGAGUGCUCAUCAAUUGUGCCAUAAUGCCAGAGGAGUGUACAGUGAAAAUGAGAAAAGACAUAUUUUUGUGUAAUGAGCAAUGAAAUAAAUAUUUAUUGACAUUACCGCAA